GUGCGCGCGGUGAUGACUGCGGUUGCCAUGGAAAAAUGACUGGGACGUUACAGGGUCGUUAUUGUGUCCCGCUCAUCGGUCCGGAGUUGUCGCUUACAUCAUGUCGGAUGAAGAAGGGCGAACGACUGAGGCUGUUUACUCGCCGACCCGGUGCCAGUUCACUCCGCUGCAAGGAAGUGUUUUUGUGGACGGAGGUUCCUCUGGGCCUGAUGAUAUUUUCGAGGAGGACUGCUACUCUCCGUCCUCCCUCUCCUCGACCUCCUCCUCCUCCGUGCCCACCGUGGCCUCCCUGCAGGGGAAAGCCCUGUGCACCUCCUGCGGCCUGGAGAUAGUGGACAGAUACCUGCUCAAGGUGAACAACUUGUGCUGGCACGUGCGCUGCCUCUCAUGCAGUGUAUGUAAAACAUCACUGGGGCGACACGUGAGCUGCUACAUCAAGGACAAACAAGUCUUCUGCAAACUCGACUACUUCAGGAGAUAUGGGACCCGCUGUGCUCGUUGCGGACGUAACAUCCACUCUAGUGACUGGGUGCGUCGGGCCCGAGGCAGCACCUUCCACCUGGCCUGUUUCUCCUGCACCUCUUGUAAGCGGCAGCUGUCCACUGGGGAGGAAUGCGGACUGCUAGAGAACAGGGUCUUCUGCAGGCCACACUAUGACAUUAUGAUGGAGAAUAUCAAACGUGCCAAGGAGAAUGAGGAUCCAAAAGAGGACGAAGAGGUGACAGACAAAGAUGAGUCCAGCACCAUGCCCAGACCCGCAAAGAGGGCCAGGACCAGCUUCACUGUUGAUCAGUUACAGGUGAUGCAAACUCAGUUUGCUAAAGAUAACAACCCCGAUGCUCAGACUCUCCAGAAACUGGCAGAGAGGACUGGACUCAGUCGCAGGGUUAUUCAGGUUUGGUUUCAGAACUGUCGAGCUCGUCAAAAGAAAUACAUCAGCCCAAAUCCUGCUCCCUCAACCAUGAUGACAUCACUUACUCCUGGUCAGCUGACACCAGCUUUGAUGGAGGAUCUGCAGUACACCACCUAUAUUUCCCAAGAUGCACCCCUCCUCACUACACUGACUUAUAUGGAUGUCCAAACUCCAGACACACUUCUGCUGCAGCCGCUCAUGUCCCAUUCACUGACACAACUACCAGUGAGCCAUGCCUGAGCUGUUGCCCGCCUCCUGAGAAACUGAAGACAAUGACUGGCUGAUGGGAAGAUGCAGAGCAAAUCAAUCUCUUUAAUUUAAAAAGCUCCUGUGAGGAUUGGAUAACUUUAAUUCAUAAUAUCCAGCAAAAUAACAGUAAUUCAAUGAAAUGACUUGUUUCAGUGCCUAAUGUGUGAGCGGACACUUAAAAACUGAAUUUAAGUUAAUUCAAUCAACAGAUUCACAGAUGAGAAUGUCAAGAGUCAAAUAUGGGAAUAUGUGAGAUGAACUUUUUGUUAAUAUGUAUGUGUUAUGGAUUUCUUUGUAUUUAAUUUAUUUGGAGAAUAUAAUGAGAUAAGGCACUUUGUUGGUAAAUGAUGUAAAUCUAAAAAAAAAAGUAUAGAUUUGGUUUUCAGUUAGCUUUUAGAGUUUAUUUUAGGAUGUGUUGGAGGUAAGGACCGCUGUCAGUUUGGGCACUCAGAAUGGUUCAUACAGCAAAUUAAAACCACUGAAGAUCAUACAUACUCUCCUGUUCUUUGCCAAGCUUUGACAACAAAUGUGUAUGGACAUCCAAUUGUGACCGUCUUCUUUUUGCAGUGCCCAAAUCUGCU